UCUCUGUAACCUUCCUCUGUGGACGAUAUCGUCAAAUGGUUACCUUGACUUCCACCUUGUCACAUGGGUUAUUUUUUUUUCAGAGGCCAGAGACUCUUCAAUGCAUUUUAUUUUACAUGGUCUACUAGAUACAUGGUCUGCUAGAUCCAAGGUUCUCAGAGUGGGAUCUGUGAAGGUUAGCCAGGGGUCUGUGAUUUUUAAAUUUAGUUACAUUACACAUAUGUUCUUAAAGCAUAUCUUUACACGGGUCAACUCUUUUGGCCAAAUCACUGGAGUUGUAACACCAGGGAGUCAGUGGGAUUGUUUGGCUCUACAUGCAGACAUUUAUUAAUUAAAUGCAUAUAAUUGUAAAAUGAAGCAGACAUUUGGACAUAAGUCCAAAGAGCAAAUUUACAUGCAAGCAUACAUAGGCAAAAGGCUAUACACAAAAACAGAGUCAUGCAAAUAAUCCAGAAAUUAAGGCUCAGAAUUACUUACAAGGUGGCAAGACUUCGCAAGGGGGAAAAAAAAACAUAUGUCUGAGGUUUUGGCAAUUACAAAGAUUGUUAUUUUAGGUGAUGUGAGAAGCAUCAGACCACAUUUAAUGUCUUUUCUCCGAUCUAUGGUGGAGAGCCAGACCAUCUUAACCCCACAACAAACCUUGGAUGGUGCUUGCAACCCAGUCAACCUGGAGAUUCUGCUAUCAUACAGCUCACUGGAACCUUACAUGCGCUGACUCCUAAGUGUGCUCGCUUAAUAGCAUCCACCACAGAUGCUUCAGAAGGCACUUUCAACCAAUGGAAAAGUAGGGGAUAAUUGCAAAAGGACAGUGCAGGGUUUUAUGGCAUUAGCCAUUGAGUCAGGAAAACAAUCCAGAAAUCAGUACAUUGAUAUAGUUGUACAGCAAACUAUGGAGCAUUACUCUGAAUUACUCAGAAGGUGGCAAGACUUUGCAAGGACAGCAAAGAAAGAGCACUGUUAAAUGCUCAAGUGGUAACAGGAAACAGGGGUAUGAGAUUACAGGAAAUGAACCAAAACCAGAACUCCUUUGGGUCUGACCUUUGGUAGUCAGGGUGGGCAUUGCGGCCAGCUAAUGUGACCGAAAUCUUUUGCAUCCAUUGAUGAUGAUUGCCUUUACAGUAUGUGUGUCUGUGGUGAUGCACAUCAUGUUUUCUCCUAUGAGAAGGUUACUGUAAUGUAAGAUCCACUCAUACUGGGCUCGAUGGUGCAGCUCAACCACCGCUCUGUGGUUUGCUGAAAAGUAUUUGUUUUACUUGGUUGCAGUUUUGUUCUGGCAUUUACUGUACAGUGUGGGCAGAGCAUUUGAGAAAAAUGCUACUCGGACACUUUAAGCCCUUCUGUUCACUGUUAUAGAAUAAUAUCUUGUGCAAGGUGGUAAACAAUGGAAUCCAUUAUUUCCUUCCAUCUGUGAGAGUCGCUUGCAUAAGGUGUUACAUUCUUUAAAUGCUUCAAUGAUAGACGAGAGGCUUGUAGUGUCACUAGGGCUCAUGGCAUGGAAAUAUGUGGUUUCUGCUGAGCUUAGUACAUUUCUUAAGCAUUUCUUAAGAAAUGUAAAUACACUUCCUGUGGUUUUGUUCAACGCGUAGUGUUUGCUGAUUACCUGUCAUUGUUCUGCCUCACUGCCUUAAAAAAGUCCCUGGAAAAUUCCAGACAUGAAACAACUUCUGUUACUCAAACACUCGCUGCAUAUCCUAUAUACAUCCAGCAAAUUUAAAAGUGACAUUUACGAGACGUUUCUUCAGAGAUUCAUCAGGUUUCCAAGUAUAACUGUGAAAUGUUUAGCGAUUUAAUGCACAACGAUGUUAAACAAGCUGUUGAGCUCUGUCUCUCUUAAAACUUUCCGCUGUUGUUGUGAUUGUUGUCAUGAGCUGUGUCUCAAAUCGACCUUCAAAAGUAUUUACUAAUUUAGUGAAUACAGGAGACUGGUAUGCAAUACGCACCUUUUGGUCAGUUUCAAGGGUACAGGAGAGGUUUUUAAAAUUCCAACACUAAGUGUAAGAGGACAACUGGUUUGCUAGUUCUCCAAUAGUACACAAGUAUGCGAUUUGAGACACAACCCUAGCUUGCUUAGCAGAGGUCCAUGGACAGGGAGAUCUGUCCAUUUUUAAUGCUGAAUGCUAGUGUCAGGAUAGUGAAAACGUCUAAAGUAACACAUACUCUGUACAUUAAACGUGGCUUGUUUGAACGUGACGUCCAGUAACAUUUCAAAAUAUUAGCACGCAUAUUAGCACCUUCUUCCAUAUUUCUGAUAUUAAUUUGUAAAAUAAAGAAAUGAAACGAAAGAGGAGAUUGGGUUAGGAGUUAAUCUCACAACUCUAUUUGUAAAUCAAGCAACCCGUGGUGUGGUACGUCUCCUCCAGCAGUUCUCUAGAGCAGACAUGAGAGAGCUUCACUAGGAGUUGUCUUAAAAAGGAGAGCUGCGGGAAAACAGAGUCUAAACAGUCUUUAAGUGUUUAGAGUCAAGAAAUGAAGACCUUAUAUAGUGUUCUUCCUCUCUGUGCUCUCUCUCUCUCUCUCUCUCUAUCUCUCUGUCUCUCUCUCUCUUGCGCUCUCUCUCUCUCUCUCUCUCUCUCUCUCUCUCUCUCUCUCUGCAUGUUUAGGGGUAGAUGUGUUGGGCUGUAAAAAGUAAAGCAAGGAUGCUGUGCUCAGAUCGAGGAAACUGAUGUGGUUUGAAUUAAAGUAGCACUCGUGAGAUGGCUGAAGUGGUCCAUCCAGCAACUCCAGUCAGGGUUUUUUUUAAAUGCAUGAGAUAAAGUUUUAAGGACCGAGUCGUAUUGGAUAAUUGUUGGGAAAGGGAAGUUUAUCUUUUCGGAGCCUGGCAGAUCCCUGUCUCCACGCCAUGUGAGGGCAAGUAUAUGGCACGGGUACUGGUUCUUUCUCUCUUACAGUGCUCCGUUUCUCACUCUCUGAAGCAGUAAUAGAUGGCUCUUCUCUCCUGGUUUCUCACGUUCUGUACAGAGCUCUAGCACCAAUCACGUCCCAGAUCUCCAAGCUGUGCUGAAAGGGAACACGCUGUGCACAACUGGAAGAAGUGCAGUUUACUUUGCGUGUGUUUGUCAGUGUUAAGUAGAAGUUGCUCCCCUGCUCCUGGCCAGUAGCAGAUGUGAGCGGCAGUGGUGUACCAGCUGUGUCUGUGAUGGAGCGUUUUCCUGUCCACUGAGUGUGCUGCUGUCAGCACUGCAGACAUGUCUGCUUGCAACACCUUCACUGAACACGUGUGGAAGCCUGGCGAGUGCAAGAACUGCUUCAAGCCCAAGAGUCUGCACCGCCUACCUGAGGGGGGUCCACACAAGUGUCCCCCUGAACAAGUCCUCACCCAACACAGCCACACCUCCACAGGAGGCACAAAUAACAAUAACCAUCCAAGCCACUCACCCACAGGGGGCAGAGCUAUCAUCAACGCUAACCUUGCUAGCAACCCUCAGAGAAGCAGUAGUUCUUCCCGUUCAGGCCAGUUCCGCCCACCUGUAGCAAAAAAGCCCACAAUCGCGGUAAAGCCCACCAUGAUGCUCCCAUGCUCUGGAAUGGGGCUAGAUUUAGAAGGAAAUCCUCAGAAGCUGGUAGAGGGGGCAGAGCCUGGAAAAGCUUCAGCUUUCACCAUUUGGAAUCACAAUGGCUUAAACCGGAAGAGGCCCACAGAACCAAACAACAAUGAGAGAAAUGACGAAAGGGUAGAGAUGGAGGGAUUUGCCUCUCUCUGUCCAGCAAGCAGUAACAAUAACAAUGGCCUAACAGAUGUGCUGAAGGAGAUUGCAGGUUUGGGGUCAGACCUGAGCUCCAGCAGGGACGACUUCUUGGGCCGGAUCAGCUGCUCGUAUAGGCGCUCAUUGGAGAGAGGCUUGCCUGCGGCCAGCUGCCUGGCCUUGGGUCGUAGCAGCAGUGCAAAUAAACGUGUCUCUUUGAGUGACAGUGCAGAGAUUAUCAGUUCAGAGGGGGGACGCUUCUGCUACCCAGAAUUUUCCAGCGAUGGAGAGGAGGAUGAGGAAUAUGAAGAGGAAAGUGAGAGUGAUGAUGAUGGUGAGCAUGAAAGCUGGGAUGAGAGUGAUGAAGAGCUUUUGGCUAUGGAGAUCCGGAUGAGGGGUCAGCCACGCUUUGCUAAUUUCCGUGCUGCAACUCUGUCUCCAGUUCCCUUUGCAGCUGGUAAGAAGUGGAACACUGUACCUCUGCGGAACCGCUCACUGCAACGGAUCUGUGCUGUUGACUAUGAUGGUUAUGAUGAGAUUCUAAAUGGCUAUCCUUCCAUGGACUCCAGUGGAGGACCCAGCCUGCUUCCAUAUGGCUCUAACCCCCAGGGCAGUGGCUUCCUGUCUAACUCUGAUUCUAUCACCUCACCAGAGUCCUCAUCUUCUCUGCCUGAGGACUCCUGCACCUCCAGCAGUGGCAGUAGUGUCCCCCGUAACCAGCCUAAUGGUUUACACCCUAUUCCAGUUAGCAGAGAUUCUGCAGUACAGCAAGCCCCAGCAGGCCAAGCGUUGAGCUCACCUAAAGCCACUGAGACACACAAAGCUGUUCUGGCCAUCCGAUUACAGGAUCAAGACAUUAAUCAGAGAGAGGGAGGACCUCUUCCACAGGCACUCCCUGGCCAGCCAAUCACAAUUAGCUUUAGCCCAACAGAGGAGCAGCCUAAACCAUACAGAGUAGUGAGUUUGGAGAAGACUCCCAUCUGUAAGCCUUACACUGUGGUGGAUGUGUCUGCUUCUAUGGCCAGCACUGAGGAACGAACUACUGAGAGCACUGCCAAGCCCAAAGGUCCAACCACAGCACUGGGUCCCCCACCCUACCCAGGAGCCUCAAAAAACAUCCCCUUGUCUGCUUCUCCUCUCUCCCCAAAAUCACCUAUAUCACCUAAAACUCCACUUUCCCCUAAGUCUGCAGCAGUAUCUCCAACCACUCCAAUAUCUCCAUUCACUUCAGUUUCUCCAUCAAUACCAGUCUCUCUAAGUACUGCCUUAGCCAAUGCUGCUACAUCCAGCCCUUCCUGUAAGAAGCCUGGGAAUAUUCGUUACCAAGAGGUGUGGACAUCCAGCACUAGCCCUCGACAAAAGCUCCCCAAAGUAGAGUUGCUUAGUGGGCCACCAUCUGGGUCAUCGGUCCCUCCCAGACAUGGCAACCAUAAAUCAGCUCCCACUUCCCCUGUUGCUGGUAUCUCCUCCUCACGCACCAUACCUGUGAAGUCACCUAAUUUGUCAGAGAUCAAAUUUAACAGCUACAAUAAUGCUGGUAUGCCUCCUUUCCCAAUCAUCAUCAGAGAUGAACCCACAUACGCACGCAGUUCAAAGAAUGCAGUGAAAGUGCCUAUCGUGAUUAACCCAAGUGCAUAUGAUAAUCUGGCUGUGUAUAAGAGCUUUCUGGGUGUGAGUGGAGAGCUGCCACAGCCCAAGCCGGGAACAGGUGGUCGAGUACCCAGCCACACAUAUGAGGAAAUCGGCAACUCUGAAAAUGCUCACUCCUCACCCACAGAGCACAAGCCCACCAGAAAAUUUGUCUCAGCUGAUACUAAGGAAGAGAGAGACAUCACAAGAGCUGUACCUCACAAUGACAAAGCCAAAAGUACCCCUGAGUGCAGUACAGCAGCCAACAUUUCAGUUGCUGUUUCGAGCCCUAGGACAAACAUUGUCCCCACUCCUAUCACUGCCUCUAGCAGUCUGACAAAAAGCAGCUCCAUUAGACUCACCAGUAGCUGUAACUCCAGUGAUGAUUCCCCUGCAGCAGGCAGCAGUGGGUGCCAGACAGCCACUAGUACUGGAUCAGGGCACAGGGAGAAGGCCAGCAUGGUGCUGUCUCAGAUAGUAGCUUCCAUCCAGCCACCCCAAUCUCCUCCAGACUCACCCUCUGUUCACAGCAAGACAUGCAGUGCUGAGGAACUCUACUCUCUUCCCCCUGAUGCCACUAAGGGUACUCUCAGCAGACCCAAAUCCCUCCAGUGCCCUACAGACAGUAGCUUGUCCAAAUCCCACAAGGAUACGCCAUCCAAGCUCUUACCUAAGUCUCAGAGCGCCUCAGCAGCUGAGGCUUCCACAAGUCCAAAAUCUGAACCCAGUGCCCCUUUCCCCCCACCCAGAUCCACCUCUUCCCCAUAUCAUGCUAGUAACCUGCUUCAGAGGCACUUCAGCAACUGGACCAGACCCAUGGGCUCCAGGCCCAGUGAUGGGGAGGUCAGCCCUGGGGCAGAAGGCAGACGUUCAGCCGACAGUAACAGGCCCAAACGUUGGAUCUCCUUCAAGAGCUUCUUCCGCCGGCGGAAAGAUGAGGAUGAACAAAAAGAGAAAGCGGAGAGAGAGAAAGAGAAAGGAAAGCUGGUGGGUUUGGAUGGGACUGUUAUCACCAUGCUACCUCCUCCUCCUCUCCAGAGGCAGCACUGGUUUUCAGAGUCAAAAACAGAUGAUCCCAGCCAGAAACCCACCAUUAUAUUUACCUAUAAGCCAGACAGUGGGUCAGGAGGCGAUGGGGAGGCAGAGCUCAGGGUGGAGGAGUGUAAUGCAGGUGCAGGUGGAGUGCUGUCAUUUAACCAGUCAGGCCCCCCUAAGAGCAGAGCCAGCCUCUUGAUCAGCAAAGUGAUGAGUCAGAUGCCAGUUCAGGGCCCGGAGACAGACACACCCGCCAUCACCUCUUUGCAGGCCAAGCUGGAACUGCCGACCGUGAGUGAGCCGGCCAGCCUCUCAACGCGCCCCGUGGCUCGCCCACUCUCACCCAGCGUCAGUCUAGGGGAGCCAGAGGAGGACGAGGGAGCAAACACACACUCUCACUCACACUCCCCUGCUUCCAGCUCCUGCAGUGCCACCUACACCAACUUAGGCCAGUCCAGGGCCAGUUUGAUCCCCACAAAGCACCCCAGACACCUCAAGGCCUCUGAUGACACUCUCCAUUCUGAAUCUGAAGGUUUCAAUUCAGGCGCCAAAGCCACUCCCCCACCGCUGCCCAAGAAGUCUGUGCCACGAGCCAACACAGAGCCGUCACUGACCAGAGAACCGAUGACCCGCCGACCCCGGGGUGAGGCCAAGCCAGGUGGCGCCAGCUUGAGCGUGGCAAAUCCACUCUAUGACCUGGACUCCACCUGGGAGACAGCCAGUCAGAGCUCCUCACUCAGCUCUGAUGCCCGACAACUAGACGAAUCGGGGGACUCUCUGGAGAGGCCAGUGGCUGGGGGACGGAACCUUUCCCGCUCAGCAAACAGCAGCACAGCCCCAGAUCGGGAGAGGCGGGGCUGCCGCAGCACAGAGAGCCUUUCAACCAGUAAGACCCACAGACUUGCUCUUUACAGAGGUCUAGAGAGCUGGGAAGAGGUGGCAGGCCGCAUCCGUAAUCUACACGCCGACACGUUGCGCAAACUGGCUGGCCGCUGUGAGGACCGCUUCAUGGCUGGUCAGAAAGACCAUUUGCGCUUUGGCAUAGACAGCUGGUCCCACUUCAGACUGACCACAGGCAAGCCAUGCUGCGAGGCGGAAGAUGCUGUGUACUACACAGCCGCUUAUGCUAAGGACCCGCUUAUCAACUACGCUGUUAAGAUCUGCAGGUACAAGGUGAAGGAGACACAGCAGCAGUUCUUCCACAGCCUGGCUGUCCGACAAAGCCUUCCCGUGCACUUCAACAUCCAGCAGGACUGUGGCCACUUCCUGGCAGAUGUGCCUGCUCGCCUUCUGCCCUGGGAGGACGAGGAGGAGAGCGAUGAUGAGAAGGAUGAAAAAAGAGAGGAGGAGCGAAAUCUGGAGCAGAAAGGUAGAGGGAGCAAAGAGCUGCUGUCUGAAGGGAAGAGGCAGGCCGAGAGGGGGCAUGGGAACAUAGCAGUGCCGGCGGACAUGGCGUGCCACGGCGGGAAGUUGCGCAGCCGGGUGGUGGUGAUCACACGUGAGGUCCCAUUCCAGACGGUGGCCGAUUUUGUGCAGGAGGGUACAGCAAGGCACUCACGUAACCCAGAGCUGUAUGAGCGCCAGGUGUGUUUGCUGCUGCUUCAGCUGUGUACUGGCCUAGAGCAUAUGAAGCCGUACCACGUGUCACACUGCGAUCUGCACCUGGAGAACCUGCUGCUUGUGCACUGCCAGCCAGGCGAUCCCUGGAACCUGGAGCUUCCGGAGCCCACCACCACCACGACCAUCACAACAUCUGUUUCCUCUGCCUGCCCGGCUCGCCUCAUCAUCAGCAACUUCUCUCAGGCCAAGCAGCAGAGCAUCGUGCAGUACACUGAGUGUGAUGAGUUUCAGCUGGGCCUUCUAAUCUAUGAGAUGCUUCACCAACCCAAUCCUUUGGUGGAGGCAGCUGGCCUGACAGAGAGGGAGCAACUGCCACCGCUCCCUAUGCGUUCCCUAUACUCUCAGGGCCUGCAGCGGCUGGCAAGUCUCCUGCUCCACACCGACGAGUCUGAGCGCAUUGGCGUGGCCGAGGCUCGCGCUUGCCUGCAGUGUCUGCUGUGGGGGCCACGUGACGACCUCUUGCGUGCCGCACCUCUUCCCAUUCAGCGACAUGCAGCGCUGCAGAACUGGCUGGACUUGAAGCGUACACUCAUGAUGAUCAAGUUUGCCGAGCGCUCACUGGAUGCUGGCGGUGGUGUCAGCCUGGAGGACUGGCUCUGCUGCAAGUACCUGGCCUUUGCCACCACAGACUCCAUUGACAGGGUUGUUCGUGUUUUGCAGCAGCUCUGAGUCUGGAUGCUUGGCCCCAGUUGUGUUUGGACUGCCAGUCAGCUUUCAUAUCACAGGCCAAGUGCCCGGUGGAGUCUGCUGGCAUGUGCACAUUUGCGCUGUAUGCAUUUUUUUUUGUUUGUUUAUUUGUUUGUUAGUUUUAUUCUUUUUAAUUUGAGGAACGUGCAAGACAUGUUUGUGCUUUAUUAGUUUGUGUUUGUGUUACUUAAGUAUUGAGUGGUGAAGAAUUUUAGAUCAAUGCUUUUGCUUUCAAAAAAGCCUUGUUUUUUAACCAGCCAUGCAGUUGGAUCACGUUAAUAGAAAUUGUGUUAUUAGAAAAGCAGUCAGUGUUUUUCCCCCUGAUUGUUAUUUUUAAUCAAUGUGACAUCAUUUGCAGAAUGACUCACAGUUUGGCCUUCAUGAUAAAAUGCUUCCUCUGUUUACUCUAGCUGUUUGGGAGAGCACUGAUCUGGCAUCAGCAGCUUGUCUCCUGCGCUUUGACUUGGAACAAUACUUUAGGGAUUUCAGGAUUUCCCCAAGGGUGUGAGAGAGUUCGUACAAUUAUUAUGUAAUAGCAGUAUGUUGGAUGUAGUAGAGAGUAAAGGAUGUACAUUUCUAGGUUUUAAAGCAGUGUGUAAAGCAUAAGGGGCUCAUUAAACCAAAGCUAAGAUAGGAGAUACCACUGAGGGCCACAGUAUUUCUGCCACUCGCUCUCAAUCUCUCUCCUUCAGCUCAAUUCUUACCCUCUAUCAGCUCUUGUAGUCAUGUUCUCCUCUAUGAGAACCUCAUCUCUCACUCAUAAGUCUAGAUAAGAUAGAGAUUUAACUUAUUAGUGAAAGAAACUACUUAAAUUUAAGAUGAACUCUAUUUCUGUAUUACAAUCUUGAGUGUGAGACAGUCGAUGCAAAUGUUUCCAAAGCAGAUUCAGCGGGAUAUUUUUGUAACACCAGAAUUUACCAAAGGUUAAGAGAUGGUUGGUGUCUAUUCUGACAUUAAACUAAUGAAAUAUUGAAACAAAAUGUAUUUUUAAAGAUUUUAAUGCAUGGUUUCAUCUGAAGAAAUCAGUAAAGUGUCCUUAAUGCAAACACGCACGGAAAAGCAGCCGGGUCCUCGGAUCCAGAACUGAAAGAUGCAGCCAGGGGUUUUUUGGUGAAUGUGCACUGUGGUUAUAGGAGAGUCUGCAGCACUCCGAUCAAAGUUCCAUCUCUCAUAACCCAGACGAUGAAUUGGGGGUAGAUCAGCCCCAGAGAAUAAUGGGUUGGAAUGGCGUACCUUUUUCUAAGGUAGAUCAUUUUUGUACCUUUUGGAUUUAUGUGCAAUCAUUGUAAAUGAUAUCUGUUACAUAUGGAAGCAGUAUUUAAAUAUAGUGUAUGUGCUUGAUAUUAUGCAGCAUUCAGUUAAACAGUUACUUCCUUUUGGCACAUAAUUAUUGACAAUGCCUGCCUCAAGGCACAGCUUAUUUUUCCUUUGAAACAUAAUUUCCACAUUGUUCACAAGCUUGGAUGAGAAGGUGUGUGUGUGUGUGUGUGUGGUAUGUUAGUGUGCACAUUUAGCAAAUGAUUUGCCAGGUAGUGCACAUACUUUUAUUAUAUUUUUCGUUUUAUUACUAUUGUGUUUGUAUGUGUGUGUACACUUAAUUUUGAAUGGAAAGGGGCUGAGGAGGUGAGAAUGUGAAGCUCUGAAAUCAGCGGCAAGUCCCAGUGCUGCCUACGCAGGGACCAGUCAGCUACUCGGCUAAGUAGAGAAAAGCUAAGAGCCAUCUUACGGUAAAAUUUUGAAUUGACCAUGAUCCUUUUUCUUCCGCAACCAGGAUAAGAGCAGUGAUGCGAACUAAACAGCUCUAGAGCAGUGUUUCUCAACCAGGAGACCUCAGACCCCAUGUGGUCCAUGGCAUAAUUUCAGGAUGUCUGUGUGAUUGUUCCUAAAAAUAUUUAAAAUAUAUAUAAUUGGCAUUUGUGUUAAAUAUUUGGUUUAAGUGUUUACUUUAAAUACAUUUUUCAGGCUCAUUAAAUUUCAGAAAAGCCACAAACUUAAUGUUUUUUUUUUUUUUUUUUAUUAUUCUAUAUGCGUAGUCAUGCACAUUCACAGCUCUCUCACUAACGCAUCUUAGCUUGCUCAUUCAGGAAGGUUUGCAAAGUUUGGCCCAACACUGAUGGGUUAAUCAAACAAAUGAUAAUUCAGAGAGAUAAUCACGCCAAGUGUAAUGUAAGCAAUAAAAUGUGUGAACAUUCUACUGUUCACCCACAACUGCAAAAAACCUCUGUUUCAAGUUUAAUAUCGAUGAGUAAAAUGAAAUGUGUACGUCAGUGUGUAAUGUGAAAUGUAAAUGUCAAUGUAUAAAAAUGUCACUGUUAAUGUUAAAGCAAUUUGAAUAACUGGCAGGAUAUCAAAUCUAAUACUGACCUGAAAAUUUAUUACAUUUGACACUUGAUGGAUUAUGAAAAGGUGUAGCGUAGACUACUUAUAUACAUUACAUCACAUUAUAAUUAUAUAUUAAUAUAUACAUAUUAUGUAGGGGUUCUGCGAGGAUCAGACAGAAUAUGCUAGGGGUCCACAGCUGAAGAAAGGUUGAGAACCACUGCUUUAGAUCAUGCUACAAACAUUGCACUUGCAGCAGUGAUGCAUUAGUCCUAAUACUUUGACUAAUACAUUACACUAUGGAACAGUGAAAAAUAAAAACAGAUUAAAACAAGUUGCUGAGCCGCUCGAAUCUGAGUGGCAAAGAAAACGCAGAGAGUUUGUUAUUGUCAGCUGCUGUCUGUCAGAAAAAAGGUGAGACAGUUUGGUCAGUUUGCUCCUUUCGUCUAGCAAGCAUCCUGAUGCCGCUGUGAUAGGAAUAGUUCUAAUGAGGAGACGUAUAAGUUCAGCGAGUGUACAUGGGUGUGUGUGUGUUCCUUAUGAGACUCCAGUUGCUGCUGAGCUGGUUGUUUGACUUACUGGGGAAUGUUGGUGGACUGCACUGGCGGCUGUCCUUCCUUCACAGAGUGUUCAGUUUUUCUCUAAUAGAUUUAUAUAAUAGUAUCAGAAUGGUACACACACCACAGCACUCUGUGUUCCAGGCUCACUAUUCUGUCUUGACUCAUCAUUCAUGUUUUUUUUUUUUAUUAUUUUUUUAUUUUUUAAAACAAUGAUACAAACUACCCAGUCCAUUUGCUCAUGUCCGUAGCAGUGAUGGAGCAAUCACCACUUCAUGCACAGUCAUGCUGGCCAAUGUUCUGUUCAACUAUGCGUUCUUUUCAGUUGUAUUUCCAGCAGUGUAUUUUAUGGUUGCUUACCAAUGUACUUUAAUGGCCAAUGAAUAUAUAAAAGAGCUCUACUGGCUUUCUAUAUAUAUAUAUAU